AUGAAGGUCUUAAAUACAUGCUACAAGCUUGGAAUUCUCCAUGUUACGGUGUAUGCAUUUUCUAUUGAAAAUUUCAAUCGGUCUAAAGAAGAGGUUGAUACAUUGUUUUCUUUAUUAAGAGAUAGAUUAAAAUUUAUAUCCGAGAAAGAGGAAUCAUACGCUAGAUUCAACAGUAUUAGAAUUAAAAUCAUCGGGAAUAGGACAAUGAUACCAAGCGAUAUAUUGAAAGACUUAGAAGAUAUCGAAGAGCGAACUAAGAACGUUUCUUCAGCUAAAGUAUUGAAUGUUUGCUUUCCAUACACUUCGCGUGAUGACAUUGUUCACUCAAUUCAAAGUAUUGCCUCUCAGGUUGAAUUAAAAGAAAUCGAAUCAAAUGAACAUAUCACUUUGGAAACUUUAACUAAUAAUAUGUACAUGGGACCAAAUACUCCGCCUUUGGACAUCUUAAUCAGAACUAGUGGUCAUACCAGGUUAAGUGAUUUUAUGCUAUGGCAAUGCAAUUAUAAUUGUAUGAUCGAGUUUGUUGACACUUUGUGGCCUAAUUUUAGAGCUUGGGAUAUAAUGUCAAUUAUAAUGAAAUGGAGUUAUUACAGAACUUUGCAACUCGAACAGCAACGAAUUAUGAGCAAUAAGAAAACUGACAACCAAAAGCUAUCGACAGAUAUACUAAAAGAAUUGCCACCACAUCCACCAUUUGCUUCAAUUACUCAGCAUUGA